UCUGAUGCACGAGAUUUCCCACAAUGCCCUUCCCUACCCACAAUACCCCGCGAUUGUCCUUAGAAUUGCAAUGAUGGCGGCGUCGAGGGCACCAGUGGCAUCAGGUAGGCUCCUGGUUGGAUUCCGAAAAUGGUACUACAACAUGUGUGGCUUCAACAAGAUCGGGUUGCUACGUGAUGACACCAUCUAUGAGAACGACGAUGUUAAGGAGGCUCUGACGAGGAUCCCAGAGAGGAUGUACAAUGACCGGGUGUUCAGGGUGAAGAGGGCUCUGGACCUCUCCAUGAAGCAACAGGUCCUCCCCAAGGACCAGUGGACACAAUAUGAGGAGGAUGUGCAUUACCUGACCCCAUACCUGCAAGAAGUGGUCCGAGAGAGGAAAGAAAAGGAGGAGUGGUUGAAGAAAUGAGGUUCCUGCCAAAGGAACCGUUGUGUUGACCCCUGUUUUAAUAUUUAAAAUAAACUGUAACCUAUAAGACCCAA